AUGAAGGCCAUCACUGCCGUGGAAGCCUGGCGAGACACUCGCGAAGGCAGCGCCGUGGUGAGGCAGUAUCUGAAACUACUUCGCGUGCUGGGCUGCUGCUUCGUGGAGGGCCUGUUCUCCGAAGACGCGUCCCAGCUGGAAGCCAACCGAUGCUCCUGGUACCUCGCGUACAGCGCGUUCGUCCUUUCGGCGCUGUGGACCACCGCGGUCGUCAACAUCGUCCGCUUCCUGGUGGACGGCACCAUAAUGUCCGAGAUCCUGGCCAUCGCCUGCUUCAUGUACAUCGUCCAGCUCACGAGCGUGGUCGGGCCGGCUUUCUUCAACUCGCCAACCAUCGUGCGGGCCUUGGCGAAGAGUGCCCGCUUUGAGCUCAGGAACCCCAGCCGGCGCUUGGUGGACGAGCUUGGCCGAGAGAAGGUGAGGGAGCUGUUUGAACUGUUGGAGGCGCUCGGAUCGUUCAUGUUACGGGAAGUAAUUAACAGGAAGCUUUCAUUAGCUCGAGGCCAGUUUUGCCGCCCUAUACCAUGA